AUGUCGUCAUCAAAUGAUGCAUUAAACAAAGCAAAACAAGCUGCAGCUUAUGCAGCUGUUGAUGAUUAUAUUAAUUCUAAUGUUCAUAUUGUUGGAAUUGGCUCUGGUUCAACUAUUAUUCCAGCCGUAAAAAGAAUUGCUGAGAAAGUUCGACAAGACAAACUUGAUUUAAUAUGUAUUCCAACAUCGUAUCAGGCGAAAGAAUUGAUUAUUUCAAAUGGUUUAUGUCUUGGCAGUUUAACAGAAUAUACCGAAUUGGAUGUUGCUAUUGAUGGUGCUGAUGAAGUUGACAAGAAUUUUAAUUGUAUAAAAGGUGGUGGAGGAUGUCAUACACAAGAAAAACUUAUUGCACAUUGUGCAAAAAAAUUUAUUGUUAUUGCUGAUGAAAAAAAAAAUUCUCAAGAAUUAGGUGAAAAAUGGAAACGUGGUAUACCCGUUGAAGUAUUGCCUCUUGCAUUUAAAAUAUGUAUGAGAGAAAUCUGUAAACAAUUAGGUGGUGAUAUAGUAUUACGAGAAGGCACGGAAAAAAUAGGUCCUGUUUUAACAGACAAUGGAAAUUUUAUUAUUGAUUGGAGAUUUGAUACAGAAACUAAAAAUAGAAAUUGGUCAGAUAUAAAUAAAACAUUAAAAUCUAUACCCGGUGUUGUCGAAACUGGUCUAUUUAUUAAUAUGGUAACAAAAGCUUAUUUUGGUGGGAGCGAUGGAAAAUUUUUAAACAUUGAGUUUGGACCAGCUAGUAGUAGUCAAUUUUUACUCGUUUCAUCAUGGGAUUGUCUUGUAAGACUCUAUGAUAUAAACCAAAAUUCAUUUCGUACGAGCCAUAAACAUAAUGGACCAGUAUUAGACUGUUGUUUUCAAGACAGUUCACAUGCUUAUAGUGGUGGACUAGAUCGGGUGUUAAAAGUUUGUGACUUAAACACUCAACAAGAAGCGAUUGUUGGUCAUCAUGAAAGUGUUAUUCGUUGUGUUCAUUAUUGUCAUGAAUUGAAUCUUAUUAUAACAGGCAGUUGGGAUGGUUAUGUUAAAAUUUGGGAUCCACGAGUGCCUACGUGUACAACUUCUUGUAUGCAACCAGACAAAGUUUAUACAUUAGAUACAGUUGGUGAAAUACUAGUUGUUGGUACAGCCCAACGAAAAGUUCCAAUAUGGGAUCUGCGUAAUAUGGGUCAAACUCAAGAGAUACGUGAAUCAAAUUUAAAAUAUCAAACACGAUGUAUUAGAUGUCGUGUGGCAGUUGAAUUUUUUGAUUCUAAUCCAGAGACACAAAAGAAGAAAUAUGCAUUCAAAUGUCAUCGUUCUAAAGAAAAUGGUGUUGAAUGUGUAUAUCCAGUAAAUGCUCUAACAUUUCAUAAACAAUACGGUACAUUCGCAUCGGGUGGAAGCGAUGGCUUUGUGAAUAUUUGGGAUGGAUCCAAUAAAAAACGUUUAUGUCAGUUUCAUCAGUAUCCAACAGGCAUCACAAGUCUAGCCUUUUCUCCUGAAGGAACAACAUUGGCAAUUGGCUCAUCUUAUAAUUAUGAACAAGGCGUAGAAUUAUACGCCAAUGGAGAUUUACCAAAAAAUAAUGUGUUUGUUCGUCGAAUGGUCGAUGAAACAUUGUUUGAUUACCUUCAUAUGGCAAUUGUUGAUCAUUAUUGUAAUGAUGUUAUAAAAAAAGACUCAACAGACAAUUCAGAAGUCAUUGUUGGAUCCGAAACACCAACAUGUUUUCUUUAUUUAUCUCAAUUAGGUUAUCGUGUUGGUUAUGUAUUAAGUGAACGUAUUUCAAAGGAGAGUCCACUAUUUCGUGAUGAAUUAAAUACAAUCAAGUAUUUAUGUAAAGAAUUAUGGUUAAAUUUAUUUAAAAAACAAGUAGAUAAUUUAAGAACAAAUCAUCAAGGUGUUUAUGUUAUACAAGAUAUAAAAUUUCGCUUAUUACAACAAAUAUCGUCAUCAUUAUCACAAAAUAAAACAUCAGCGAAGACUACGAAACAAAAUAGUAAUAAUUUUGAUAAACUUCAUACAGCCUAUUUGUCUUAUUCAGUUGGACUGAUCAGAGGUAUUCUAACAAAUUUAGGUUAUCCGUGUCGUGUUACAGCUGAAAUUAUUGAUCAUUUACCGAGUCCUACCAGUAGCGCAAAAGCAGCCAGUACAUCGUUGCUGCUUCAGACAAAUGGAGUAUCUCCAUUUACACUUUUAUCAGGCGAUAUAACCAGUAUGACAGCAGAGGGAACGAAUUUUGAUGAAACUGAUCAUGAUCUUGAUCCAGAACUACGUGUUAUUUUAAGAAAAUUAACAAAAAAAGAUUCAACAACGAAAAUUAGAGCAUUUGAUGAAUUACGAGAUUAUAGUGAAGAAUGUGAAAUGGACGAUAAAAUUCGACCAAUAUUACCAUUUUUUUUCCGUUACUAUCGAAAAUGGUCCAUGUACUUCAGAUUUCGAUUCUCAUUGCAGGAUCAAGAUCAACGUGUGAGAGAUGAAUGUCAAUCAACGUUCGACUUAAUUGGAAUGAAAAUGAAAAAAAAUUUAUUACCGCAUUUAAAGUCCAUUUUGCCCACAUGGUUGAUGGCACAAUGUGAUUCUUAUGCACCAGCAUCUUCAAAAGCGAAAUAUUUGUAUACAAAACUAUUUAGUGGAGAGCAAAAACAAGCUGAAGUAGUUUAUUACGCUAGAAAAGAAAUAAUGUCAACUUUAGCCGAUGAACUGAGUGAAUGUUCGGACGCGCUCAAAGACAAAAAACAAAAUGAAUUAGAAACGGAUGAUAGUCAUGAACGACGUUUAACUCAGUCGUUACUUGCAUUAAGUUUAUUUUUGAAUUAUUUUGAUUCAAACAAACUUUCAGAAUUACAUGACAAUUUUAGACAAAUUCUUGAUAGUGGCAAAUUUUGGAAAUUAGAAAAAUUCAAAUCAAAACAAAUUCAAAGUUCAUUCUAUCGUUGCUUAUUUUCCUUGAUACGUCUAAUGCCAGACUUAAUGAAAGAUUACUUAACCAAAUUUAUUCCGUUGAUAUUUUCUGCAAUUAAUGAAAGUGAUCCGACAAUAUGUCCCCUAGUUUGGACUGAUCUUUUGGAAUGUUUAGAAACAUUCGAUGAUUGUUGGUCUCAUAUCAAUUAUCAAAAAGCAUUUUUACCAAAAUUAUGGGCAUUUUUGAGACACGGCUGUUAUGGAAAUGUAUUUGGUGUAAAAGACGCUCUAUUGUCCUUAAUUAGUAAAAUUCCAUCAACAGUUAUCGAAGAUAAAACAUAUAAUUUUAUUGAAAAUUUUUUCACAUCAAUGGAGGAAGGAAUGUUAUUAAUAAAAGGUCGUCAUCAGGCAAAUAAUGCAAAUGCAUUAUUAAAAGCUUAUAUGGAUUGUGUAAUGUAUAUUCUUGACCAAUAUUAUAAAGAAUUAGAGCAAAAAUUAAUAUUUAUUAACGAUAGAAUGUUACCAUUGAUUCGCGUCUAUUUAACAGAUAAAGAAUGUUCAAUUCGUAACGUUUAUCCUCGCCAAUAUUUAUAUUUAUUAAACACCCUUAAGCCUCAAAAACUCUACAAUGAUCAUCUAAAUAAUGUAUUAUUACUGUUUUCUUCUAUCAUUAAUAAACAACCUCCAGUUGAUGAUUUAAAAUAUAUAUUUGAACAAGCAGGUCAUUUAUUUGAAACAGUCCUAUUGCCACCAAAACAGAAAAGUUUGCGUUUUGCUUCAUCAUCACCACAAUUAUUAAAUAAUGGUGAUACAUUAUUUGCGGAUGAUAGUGAUGAAAAAAGUGAUGAACAAAAUGAUUAUCUAAUUGAGUUAUCAAUUCAAUUAUGUCGUCUAUGUUUUGACUAUUGUUUGAAAAAUAAAGAUGAAAUUUCGUACGAAUAUAGUCUUGAUUUAUUUUCCCAUUUAUUAUCAAUCAAUAAUGAGCAAAAUUCAAAAAUAAUUAUCACAAAAUUAACUGAAGAAAAAGAUGUAAAUAGUGUAGCAGAAUUAUUCUAUUUAAAUUAUGAAAAACCUUUAUUAGUUAUUUCUAUCGAAAAACAAUCGACAUUAGAUCAUGUUUUGCAAUUGACUAUUUAUACGCUCAAUUUAUUUAAUUCAUCGGCUCAAUGUGUCGAACGAGUUCUUGCUGAUCUUAUCAAACUUGAAUCAUCUCGUCGAUUUUAUUUUCUACUGGUAUCUAUCGUCUGUCGUUAUGAAUCAUCUCCAUCAUUUCACACUUGGUUACAACAUCAUGGUGUACUUGAACAAUUAUUGAAUAUGACAGCCACGGUUACAUCGACAGCUGACGUUGAUCAAUUGAACAAUGAUCUUGUUUUACCUGUUUCUGUUGAAGAAUUUCAAUUGCUUUCAUCUUUAUUAUGUUCAGAAAAAUCAAAAUUUUUAACCGAAAUUCAAAAAGAUCAAGUUGUUUAUUUAGCAUGUCGACUGUUUUGUCAAAAAAAUCAACAACAACAAUCGGAUAAACCUGGAAGUGUCACUGUCACUUGUCAGAAUGUCAAUGAUACUGAUUUAAUGAAAAAUAUUGAUCAUGUAGCAAAAUAUCUAUUUGAACGAAUAUAUUCAACGUUUGAGAAAAAAUCAACUCAAGAAUUAUUUAAAAUCUAUUUUCAAACAGAUAUAAAUAAUUUACUCGUUAAAAAUGUUAAUUUAAGUGAUCAUUACCGUCAUAUAUGGUUUAUUACUCUUCAAAAAUGUGUCGAACAUCCAACAUUAUUCAAGGAAAUUCUUACUCAACUAAAAUUUUACAUAAUUGAUUAUAUUCCAAGUCAAUCAGACAAUGGAAUAUUCAUUGAUAGUAUUCUAUCUAUAUGUUUGGACAUUGAUAAUUUAGGUGGUUCAUCAUCAUUAACUCCAUUAUUGAAUGAAUAUCUAUUAGAUAAAAUUUCUUUAACAAAAGAAUCAUUCACUGAAUGUUUAUUAUAUUCGAGUAUGAAAGGUUAUUUGAUACCAACUAGUCCACUACACGUUGGUCAAGAGACAAAACAAGAGACUUACACACGUUAUACACAUGUACAAUUUACAUGUUUAUUUAUAAUUCGACAAUUUGAAUCAAAUUCACUAUUAUUUAAAGAAUUUGAUGAUUAUCAAAGUAUUAUUAAACAAAUUCUAUUAAAUGAACAAUUAUUUUAUCAUAGACGAUUGGAGACUAAACAUUUAACACAACAAAUUGAACGAUUAUUUAAUCAACAAUCGUUUAAACCAAAAUUAAAAUUAAUUGAUCUCUUGUCCUCAUCUGUAAAAUCAACAGAAAACGAAGUCGAUUUAUACAGUGAAAUAAUUUAUUAUCAUUCUUACAAUAUUCUAAGAGAUAAAUAUUUGAAUUUGAACGAAUAUAAUGAUGAUUUAAAUUAUUCGUUAAAUAUUCCAUCUGGAGAUGAAUAUUUAAAUGCUUCUAUUAUAUUAUGUUCUCGUUUUCAUGAUGAUACGUUAAAAUUAUUAAUUCCGUAUUUAAGUGAACUUUGUUGUCGUGAAUUAUGUGCAUUAUAUUUAGCAGCAUUAAAUCAAUGUUUACAACAAUCAAUUAAAAUUGGUACAAUUAUUGGUGAUAGUAAGAUAAAUCAAUCAUUUUUAGAUCUAUUAGAUAUAAUGUAUUCAUCAACGAAAACAUCAAAUAAACUUGAUUUAUCGAGUUGGAAUGAAACAAUUUUUUGUAUUGAAGUAUUAAAAUAUUGGAAUAAUUUAUUUGAACAUGGAACAUUUGUCUAUUCACUAAAACAACAACAUUGGGAUAAAAUUCUUUGUUAUCUAACUAAUUUAUAUCAACUAUUGAUCAACAUGAAUGUUGAAAAUAAUCCGGAUAAUACAAUAGCAACAGAAUUACUCUUAUAUCAUUCAUCAAAAUUAUUGUAUUCAAUUGGAGAAUUAUUGACAAUCGAUACUAGUGAUUCAAUAUCAAAACAAUUGAAAGAAGAAUGGGAAAAAUUGUAUAGUAAAGAAAUUUAUCAACAAUUAUUACCAUUAUACGUCGCCUUACCAAGUGUAUUAAACGAAUUUUCAAACUAUUAUCUAUGUCAUGAAAUGGUCAAAUCUUUAUGUUGUUCACUAUGUGUUAUACCCGAUGAUCAUUUAAUCUCUAAUACUUUGAAACCAUUAUUUCAUCCAGAUGAUAUUAAUUUGACAUGGUCUGAUUCGUUACAAUCAUCAUUCAAUCAUUUAUAUCGUUUAUUAUCAACAUCAAAUCGUUCUAUUCAAUAUUCUUCUUAUACUCUAUUGAAUAAACUCUUACCACAUAUAGCAGAAUAUUUAUUACCAAGAAAUAAAACGGAAGAUGAGAAUGAAUCGGAACUUUUGUGUACUCUACCUGGUUCCAUUUUAGAAUCACUAAAAAGAACAGAAGAAAUAAUUGGAC